GUGAUGAACUAGAUUCUACCUUCAUCCAACACAAGAUUACACUGCACAGGGAGAUGGUGGGUAUCUUUUCUCUUUCCCCUCUAUUUUAACUUCCUUUAUGGCUGUCCCCCUAUCACCAGCAUCCAGCUCAGGUUGUGGGAGGGGAUCAAUGUGCGCUCGUAUUCUUGCAAGAGCAACUAGAAGGAACCCCAGGGCACAGUUGCAGUAGUAGUUGUCUUCUCUAAGGGGGCCCUGAAAUAACAUGGACCGUAUGUACUAAGGGCCCCCAGGCCAACAAACUGAAACAAACGUAAGCACAAACUGGACCAUGGUGGCUGAGGAGGUUAUCAUCACCCUAUCCGGAGGAGCACCAUGGGGCUUCAGACUACAGGGAGGAAUCGAGCACCAGAAGCCUCUGCAGGUUGCCAAGGUGCGCAAGCGAAGUAAAGCAUGUCGUGCCGGACUGCGUGAGGGAGAUGAGCUGGUGUCCAUCAAUGAGAAUUUCUGUGGGAAUCUGUCGCAUGCCCAGGCCAUGAACCUGAUCGACAGCAUGCCAGGAACGCUACACAUCCGAGUUAGGAGGACACCGGCUGGCUUCCAGUCAGUGGUCCUGGUUGCUCGAGCUCCUUCUCCCCGCAUUGAUAAAGAGUACCGUGCUGCCAUUAGGGCCAUGUCUCCAUCCAGCUCCCAACCUCACCAGUCCAGUGAGCGGCAGAUCCUGAUAUCCCCAACCGCACGCAGUGGAUUGACCUCCCCACCGGGCAGUGAGGCCUACUACGGAGAAACAGACAGUGAUGCAGACGUGGCUGCUCAUGAGAGGCAACGCAAACCAAAACGACGAAGUCCAAGCAAUUCACCUGGCAAGGCAGGUCGAGCCUCACCGGAGGGAGCAGAGACUUCAGAAAUGAGUGGGUAUGACAGUGCCUCGGAUGCCCAGGUUUACAAUCUUUUGGGGCCUAAAGAAAGACAAGAUGCAUUGCCUGGUGUAACCCGCAGAGAAGUGAUUUACCAACCCCCUCCACAUGGAGCCUGGUCCUCUCAGACCUCCACCGAGACUUCAUCCAUGAGCGCAGAUGACCAAAACCCACGAGAAGGGCUAAUGGAAGAGGACAGUGGGUUCCAGGAGCCCACAAAUCUUCCCCCUCUGGUUUCUCCAGAAAGAGCCAAAGAAGCUCUUAUGUUGUGCUCUCGUACUCAGUUGGUGCCCAUGGUUGGGCCAGUUGACAAUCCAGUGGAUGAGGAGCUCACAUUAACAUACAUGGAUAAAGCAAAACAAGCAAAAUUGAACCGUGGAGAUACAAUCGCGGACAAGCAGGUAAAAGAAGCUCGGUCCAAGUGCCGCACCAUCGCCUCACUACUGACAGAUGCACCCAACCCUCAUUCAAAGGGUGUUUUGAUGUUUAAAAAGCGCAGACAACGCUCCAAGAAAUACACACUGACAAGCUUUGGAAGUGUUGAUGAGGACAUGAGGCAGGACUCUCAGGAAGAGGAUGGCAUAUUUCCUGGCAGUGAAUCAGAAUUUGAUGAGGAAGGUUUCUCUGCUGCACCCGACCCCACAUGGGACAGUGACUACCUUGAGCUGCUGGAGAAAAGAUCUGCUUCCAGAGGUCAGGAAGGAGAAGGUGGUGCUCUGAGUCCUGGUUUGAGUGAUACAUCUGGGAAGGGGGCACAGUUGUUUGAGCAGCAGCGGAGAAGGGCUGAGGAACAUGCAAAGAAAAUAGAAGCUGCGCAAGAACAGUUACAAAGUCAAAUGCUGGGAAUUCCACUGAAAGAGACACCAGCAUCUCCUCAACUACAGACACCACAACCACAACAAGACCCAUUGACAAAGCCUAAUGUCCAGCCACCACCAGUUGCUCCGAAACCUGGCAGACUUUCAAAAACUCUACAUCAUGAGGUUCCACCAGCAGAGAUGCAAAACAUGACACAGAUGGCCACACCUCAAGCCACUUCCACUGUCCCUGUUAUGGUAAAUGGAGAUACUUCAAACACAAUGGCACCAGACCCAGCUGUGUUUCCCAUAACUAGUCUCUCAGUACCUUCUGCAGAACCUGUGAUGCCUCCACAACCAGCUCCUCUACCUGAUCUCUCUUCAAGUUCUGUGUUAAACAGAACUGCCAGACCUUUUGCCCCAGGCUGUGUUACCAAUCGGGCAGCCACUGCUCCUGUUGUGUUUCGCCCUACAGUCAGUAAGAAAUCACCCAGACCUGUUUCAGUGGCUGUGGUUGCACAUCCAUUCUCUGCACCAUCAGAAGAGCAUGUAAUGAGUGUUAACCCGGCCUCCUUUGUUAGCCAAUUCACAAUGAGUCAAAUGAGUACCGAUGUCCCUCCUGAAGUGAUACCCACACAGCCCUUUAUGUCUGAAAAGUCUGUUCCUCCACCUGUAUCUGUGGAAUCAUAUUCUCAACCUACUCUUCACUGCUCCUCAGUGGAAAACAUCCAGGUUGCAUCAGUGCCACCUCCCAUAGUUCAAACCCAAGUACCUACCUGUCCUGUAGAAGCCAAAACAACUGUUCCACCAGCAAUCCCUGUUGACAACACAGUGACCGCUGUGGCUCCUGUUACAGCUCCCAUUACUCCUCGGGCCAUUGCAAUACCAUCCCAAACCUCUUCUAUUUUGACCUCUGCAGCUUCUGAGAUCUCUUUAACUGGAACUCCGGUGUCACCUGUAGUCUAUCAUGAAAAAUCCUUUUCCACCACUGGCCGCACUGGUAUUCUCCAAGAGGCCCGCCGACGUAGCACCUACAAGCCAAUGUUUAAGAUACCUGACAGUAAGAAAAACUCACCAAACCCUGAAUUAUUGUGUAUGGUGCAGAACCUAGAUGAAAGACCCAGACGUGGAUUUUAUGAACCGGAAAAUACUACUCACUACAUUGAUGACAAUAGGGCAAAGGUGCCACCGCCUGUGGCUCCUAAGCCAAGGGUCAUCCCAGAAAUGUCACAGAUCCCUCAGGCAGAGGGAAAAGGAGCGGAGCUUUUUGCUCGUAGACAGAGUCGCAUGGAUUGGUUUGUUGUAGACUCUCCACAUCUCCAGCAAGCACCACUACAACCCCAACAAUCCCAAUCAGUCAUAGACUUGAUCGAACCACAAAAAACCUCAACAACCCCAUCCCACUGGAAGUAUUCCCCUAAUGUUCGUGCUCCUCCACCGAUAGGUUACAACCCCUUGCUGUCUCCAUCCUGUCCAGUUGGGGUGCAGCGUGGGGGUGCCAAAGUGUCUGAGGGAAGUUCUAAAGGAAGUAAGGGUAGUUUUGGUGUCCCAAAAGAAGGUAUCAAAGCCUUGGACUUUAUGAGGAGGCAGCCUUACCAACUGAACCCUGCAAUGUUCAGUUUUGGUGGUGGCACUAGCACAAUGUCUUCUGUGUCCUCCUACCAGAGGCAGCAAAGGGAAGGCCACACUCUGACACCACCCAAGCAGAUCCCAGUAAAGGCUGCACGUGUGUAUGAAAUAAAACGAUUCUCCACUCCCACCCCAAUGUCAGCACCAACUCUCAACCCAACAGUGAUUGUUCCACGCUCACGGACCACACUUGGUGAGCACAUCUCUCGUUCUGACAUGACAUCCCCUCUACCUGAACCUGUACCUGAAUCAACUCCGGCACCUUCACGAGCCGCAGGCCUCCCAGAGCUCCCUAAAAUAUCAGCUGUGCCCAUCCCUCACCCCAUGCCAUACUCACCCCCAGCUCCCAUGUCAAGUAUGUCAAGCCUAAGCUACUCUGGGCUUCAAGCUGCCAAACAGUUUAAGAGUGCCCCUGAGUUAAGUUCCCUACCAGACCCAUUAAAAUCUCCAAUCCAAGUUCCCAAACCUCGUUUUAUUGCAACACGUGUUGGUAUUCAGCCCCGCGUCUGGAGGCCUGGAACCCUUCCUCACUGAUGAUGUUAAUUUACAUGUGGAAGAAGCUGAACCAUCUGCUUCUGUUGCAGACUCUAAAUUACUACUUUUUAAAUAUGAUUUAAUAUAACUUGAAGAUGCAAAUAAAUUAUUUUCUAAAUUUCAGAUAUAAAAUAUACUGUGGAGAAUAUUUGUUGUUUUGAGAGUAUUUUUCAAAUAUCUGGAACAAUCCAGAAUUUCUGCUGAAUGUUCAACAAUAUGUUUAAAACAUUCAGUGUUGUUAACAUGAAAUUUAUUUACUUAAUGCAUGUUCCUGUUCUUGUGAAAAAAUUUAUAUAUGCUAUUCCAAAGAGAAAUAUUGUUUGGCUUUGUAAACAUCAAUCAAAGUGUAGCUUCCACUUCCUCUGAAAUGGCUCUGCCUUUUUCACUUAGAUGAUGUUAACCAAUAGUCAAAUAGCUACUUGGGCAUUGUUUUAGCAAACUUACAUUCAGCCGGGCUCUCAAGUGGUGCAGAAUGCCCAGUUUUUUUUAAUCCAGUCAGUUCCUAAUGCAUAACAUCAAGAUGCAUCAUACAUUACACUGAUUUUGCUUUGUUUGUUUGUUUCUUUAUUGCAUAUCUUGUUUCAUCCAUACAUCAAAAUCAGAGUGAGCUUUUAUUUGCCAAGUGUGCACAAACACACAAUGAGUCACAUUACAGAAGUUAAAACGAGUUGCAAAUGCCACUUCACAUUCACGUGUCAAUUCAUGUGUUCCCAAUUUUAUAGGGAUAAGAAAAAAUACAUUGACAUGUUACCAGAAAAAACAUUUCACAUGGACUGGACUGAGGUAUUUUUAAAUAUUUUCCUUCAAAUUUCUCCAUUACGACAUACAUUUUUUUGGCACCAUUUAAAAUACUAAAGUGUAGUUGCUUUAUGGAUCUUGGGUGUAAACCUUGAUCUACUUGACAUGGAAAAAAUACCUAAGAAAAAAAGGCAAGCUGAGGCUUUGUUUUGUCGUAUGCUCUUAGGUUAAUCAGAAAUGAUAUAUCUCUUGGCAGAGCCUGCUCUGAACAGGUGCAUAAGGGUCACAGCCUAUUUGUAGGUGCAAAGUAAGCAGGGAACCAGGCUGGAUCCUUAAAAUGUGCUCUGACUGGAUUUUUGGUCUUUAUAUCUGACUAUUGAUAUAUUAAAAAGAUGAAAACUUAUUUUUAUAUAAAAACAUAUUUAAGUGGUCAAAUCAGUAAGUGUUGGAAAGGUACAGUGUUGAAGACAGUCCUAGAGAAAGGCUAUCUGAGCACUGACACAAAUCUGUCUCAUGAAGACAGUGUGAAAAGUGCAAAGCUAGCACUGUCCAGGAUUAUUAGAAGGUUAAUUAGCCAACUGGCUUUACUGGAAUUAGUCAGAAUACUCAUAGCAACAUGAAAUAUUUGAAUGGCUUGUGCAGCAGUGAGGCUGAUGAUUUCGGGAAUGGGUGGUUUACGAAUGUGUUCCCAAAGUCCUCAAAACAUUGCAAUGUCUUAAAAGAAAAAAAAAUCUAGGGCUUGUAAUAUUAAGGGAACAAUGGAUAGAGGUUUAAGGAAGGAAAACAGUUUAUAUCAAUGUGAAUUAGAUAUACAGAUAUAUCAGAUAUACAGAGAGGAUUAUUAAAUAAUUCUUGUAGUACUGGCAGGUGAAAAUAUUUUAUUUUUAAAAGGUCUCCUAUUUGAAAAAAAAAUACAUUUAGAAAUUGAAUAAGAAGUUAGUACAGAGUAGAUGCAAUAUUUAAAAUCUGAGCCAGUUUUGUUUGUCUUUCCAAUUACUGUCAGCCAUGUUUAAAUCUUGAUUGUAUGGCGCUCUUAAUUUUGGCUGUUCAAAUCAUUAGAUCAAUGUGUCUGUCUUGGUAAAAUCAACUUUGUGGUUAAUGUCUCUGGUAAUUUUGUUUGUGCAAUGCUUAUGAUGAGCUCAGCUAAAUUUUAGGAUUUAAGUGAUUCUAACCUAAAGUGUCUUUGUAUUUCUAACACAAUGAAUAGUUUCAAUAAAACUUACCUGAAAUUUCC